UUUUUCUUGAACAAACAUUUUCCCACUUGUGUUGAUAACCUACGACCCACCAGCAACAACAACCAAAAGAAUAAUCUUUUUUGCAUUUUCUGAAAACCCAUUAAGCAAAAACCAAAAGGGUUGUUUUUGUUUUUGAUUUUGAUUUCAAUUGGGUGUGAAGAAAAAGUUGAAUUUGGAGGAAAGAGAAGAGAAAGGUGGUAGCUUUGUGUUUGAGGUUGUGUAGGAAUGGGGGAUUUGGAGAAGCAGCAAGAGAAGGUGAUGGUGUUGGAGGAAGGAAGGAAAGAUGAAGAAGGUGAGGAGAAGGAGAGGCUUUUGGAGGGUAUGGCUGUUUUGGAUUUUGAUAUGCUUUGUUCAUCUGUUGCUUUGCAGACUGCAAAUGGAACUUGGGGGAAGCUUGGUGGUGGUGGUGAGGAUGGUGAACAUCGUGGUGAGGAGUUUGGUGGGGUUUUGAGGAUGUGGGAAGGGGAACUUCUUGAUUGCUUCGAACAUCGGCGAAUCGCUCUUGAAUCUGCAUGUUGUCCCUGCUACCGAUUCGGGAAGAACAUGAAGCGAGCUGGUCUUGGUUCUUGCUAUAUCCAGGCAUUUGUGUAUCUUGUUCUUGCCAUCUGCGCUCUUUUCAACUUCAUAGCCUUUACCGUCACGAGACAUCACUACUUUCUAUACCUGGCAGUCACCUUCAUCGUUACCGGUGGAGCAUAUCUAGGAUUCUAUCGAACUCGUAUGCGAAAGAAAUUCAACAUCAAGGGUAGCGAUAGUUUGGUGGACGAUUGUGCUUACCAUUUUGUCUGUCCUUGUUGCACACUGUGUCAGGAGUCAAGAACACUGGAGAUUAACAACGUUCAAGACGGCACUUGGCACGGCCGGGGUGACACCAUAUGCAUAGGCGGCAUCAGAAACGGAAGCAAACCACUCUCCAUGCUGAUACCUCCCCCUAUCGAGUCCAUCAAGCUUACUGAUGAAAAUUUUACCUUAUAGAAGAAAUAGCGCAUAGUGUGAGAAAGUUAUGAAACAAUAAUUCUUCAUCUGAAUUGCAUCCCUACCCUAUCUAUGUCAAGUUUCUAUCACAUUUUGCGAUGAAAAGAGAAUACAAGAAAACAAAUGCUCUAACAAACACCAAUCAUAAACAAAUUAUGUUUGUGUUGGAGAAUAAGUCUCGCAUUGCUUGGAGCACAGAGAAUUGAAGCGUAUGUAAGUUAUAUACGCUUCAAAUUUCUCUGUUCCAAGCAAACUUAUUUUCAAUAUGGGAUAACUUAAUUUUUGGAUGAAGAACAAUUGCCCCCAUGAAGUUGGUUUGCAAAUGUGUAUAUAGAGUGUGCCAUUCUCAACUAAUGGGGUCUUAUUUUUACCAGCCCUUGUAGUGUAAAGCUUCUAUUAGUGUCACAUUGUUGCAAGAAUUCCAUCUAGUUGUUGUAUUCUAAACUUGUGGUUUAUUAAUUUGUGUAUUUUUAAGUAUUUUUUUACUAUGA